AUGCAAUCAGAUACCGCCUACGCUGCCGUCCACAAAAGAAAGCAGCGGCCUCCGCAGAAUGCGCGAUUGUUGGAAAGAAUUGGGGCGGAUAUAGCUUCCGCAGUUAUUGCUGCAGUCGCCGUGGCACCGGCGAUUUGCAUGAUUGACAAGUGA